CCACACACCCACACACACACUCAUACUCCGUGGGGAGUUGUCUUCAUGGGGGAUAAGGCCCUAUCUAGGGCACAAAGAUGGAGUUCACAUCCUAUUCGUCACGUAUCUAACACUCACACAGAUGUGCACACAAAUACACACACCUGGAGUCUCAUAUGUCCAAAGUGAAGAAAGACUGAAUGGAGAGUAGACACUGAACAUCUCCGAGAAGACGCAAACACCAGGCCGAGGCAAAAGAAGAUUCCCCAAUCUUGCCGAAAGGACGGCGGGAGCUACGGUGUGCCCCCCCUCCCCCAUUGGAGCUGUAUCGUGUAGGAGCAUCUCCUUGUAAAGAGCACUACCAAGAAAGCAGGGGGCAGCGGAGACGUAUAGAAGGUGUUCUACGAAGUGCCCUACAGUGGUCACCAUGAGCUGUAGGCUAGAGGGAACACCCCAGCUCUAGCCUCUAUCAACUCCCAGGUGUGUGUGUGAGUGCGAGAGCGAGUGUGUGUAUGAGUGUGAUGGCGGUGUGUGUUUGGGCGGCAGCCCCCCUGCUCUUCCUGGGGCUGUGCCUGUGCAGUGUGGGGGGCCAUGCCCAAGGGGAAGUCCUGGAGUUUGGAGGUGUGUCCAGCCAGUGGGGGCGGUUCCCAGUGUGGAACGCCUGCUGCGAGAGUGUGCUGAGCUUCAGCCUGCGGACUCACAGCCAGGAGGGCCUGCUGCUCUACCUGGAUGAUGAGGGCUUCUGUGACUUCCUGGAGCUGCUGCUUCUCCACGGCCACCUCCGCCUGCGCUUCUCCAUCUUCUGCGCUGAGCCAGCCGAGCUGCAGUCAGGUGUGGCGGUGAGUGACGGCAACUGGCACGCAGUGCGUGUCAAGCGGGACUGGAGGAACACCUCGUUGGAGGUGGACGGGCGACUGGAGGGAUGGGCGGAAGUGAAGAGCAAGAGAAGAGACAUGACAGUAUUCAGCCACACCUUCAUGGGCGGGGUGACACCAGAACUUCACUCCUCGCCCUUGCGACUCACAUCUCCUUCGGUACGAGAGCACCCCGCCUUCCGUGGCUGGAUCACGGCGGUGAGCAUCAACGGCUCACUGGUGACGUUGGACAGCUCGGAGGGCGUCACGGUAACGGCCGGCUGUGGGCCGGAUCACCAGUGCCAGAAUGGAGGGGUGUGCAGCGUGGUCAACGACCAGGCCGUCUGCGACUGCUCCGACACCGGUUACCAAGGCAACGACUGCAGCGAAGCUCGCGAGGAGUAUGUUGCCACCUUCAAGGGCUCAGAGUACUUCUGCUAUGACCUGUCGCCCAACCCCAUCCAGUCUAGCAGCGAUGAAAUCACGCUUUCCUUCAAGACGCUGCAGCGCAACGGCCUGAUGCUGCACACCGGCAAGUCAGCCGACUACGUCAACCUGGCACUGAAGAACGGUGCCGUGUCACUUGUCAUCAACCUCGGCUCCGGGGCCUUCGAGGCCUUGGUGGAGCCCGUCAACGGCAAGUUCAACGACAACGCCUGGCACGACGUCAAGGUCACCCGCAACCUGAGACAGGUGACGAUCUCUGUGGACGGCAUCCUGACCACCACUGGCUACACCCAGGAGGACUACACCAUGCUGGGCUCUGACGACUUCUUCUACGUGGGAGGGAGCCCCAGCACUGCUGACCUGCCCGGUUCUCCAGUCAGCAAUAACUUCAUGGGCUGUCUUAAAGAGGUGGUGUACAAGAACAAUGAUGUACGAUUGGAGCUGUCUAGACUGGCAAAACAGGGAGACCCAAAGAUGAAGGUAAGUGGGAUGGUGUCCUUCAAGUGCGAGAGUGUGGCCACGCUGGACCCUGUGACCUUUGACACCCCAGAGUCUUUCGUGGCACUGAGCAAGUGGACAGCGAAGAAGGCGGGAUCGAUCUCAUUUGACUUCAGGACCACAGAGCCAAACGGAUUGAUGCUUUUUAGCCAUGGCAAACCCCGGCAACAGCAACGCAAGGACCCUCGCACACCUCCUACAGUCAAGGUGGACUUUUUUGCCAUUGAGAUGCUGGACGGGCACCUGUACUUGCUGCUGGACAUGGGCUCAGGAACCACGAAGACCAAGGCUAUCGACAGAAAGGUCAAUGACGGAGAAUGGUAUCAUGUGGACUUCCAGAGGGACGGACGCUCAGGGACCAUCUCGGUGAACAGUGUAAGAACAGCGUACACAGCUCCGGGAGACAGUGAGAUCCUGGACCUGGAUGAAACUUUGUACCUUGGAGGACUACCUGAGGACCGCGCUGGACUCAUCUUCCCUACAGAGGUGUGGACGGCUCUGUUGAACUACGGUUACGUGGGCUGCAUCAGAGACCUGUUUGUGGACGGGCAGAGCAAAGACAUCCGGCGGCUGGCCGAGGCCCAGAGGGCGGUGGGGGUGAAGCCCUCGUGCUCCAGAGAGCCACCGAAGCAGUGCCUGUCCAACCCCUGCCAGCACAACGGCAUCUGCAGGGAGGGCUGGAAUCGCUACGUCUGCGACUGCUCUGGGACGGGAUACCUGGGACGCUCCUGUGAGAGAGAUGCAACUAUCCUGUCGUAUGACGGCAGUAAGUUUAUGAAGGUGCAGUUGCCUGUAGCGAUGCAUACCGAGGCGGAGGACGUCUCGCUACGCUUUCGUUCCCAGCGGGCCUAUGGCGUUCUCAUGGCAACCACAUCCCGUAACUCCGCAGACACCCUUCGUCUGGAGCUGGAUGGGGGCCGUGUCCGACUCACUGUCAACCUAGACUGUAUCAGGAUAAACUGUACAGCCAGUAAAGGCCCAGAGACCAUCUUUGCGGGGUCAGGCCUCAAUGAUAAUGAGUGGCACACGGUGAGGGUAGUCCGGCGUGGCAAGAGCCUCAAACUCACCGUAGACGACCUGCAGCCUGUUGAAGGUCAGAUGGCGGGCGACCACACCCAGUUGGAGUUCCAUAAUGUGGAGACGGGUAUUGUGACUGAGAAGCGCUUCAUGCCUGCCGUGCCCUCCAAUUUCAUUGGCCACCUUCAGGGCCUGGCGCUGAAUGGCAUGCCCUACAUCGACCUGUGCAAGAACGGCGACAUCGACUACUGCGAGCUCAACGCUGUCAUUGGCUAUAAGAGCAUCGUGGCUGACCCCGUCACCUUCCGCUCACGUUCCAGUUUUGUCACGCUGCCCACGCUACAGGCCUACUACUCUAUGCAUCUCUUCAUGCAGUUCAAGACAACGUCUCCCGAUGGCCUUGUUCUCUACAACAGGGGAGACGGCAAUGACUUCAUAGUGGUAGAGCUGGUUAAAGGCUACCUACACUACAUCUCUGAUCUGGGCAAUGGAGCACAUCUGAUCAAAGGCAACUCUAACAGUCCCCUAAAUGACAACCACUGGCACAAUGUGCACAUAUCCAGAGACACUAACAAUCUCCACACGGUCAAGAUUGACACCAAAGUCACCACACAGACCACCAUGGGCGCGAAGAACCUCGACCUGAAGGGUGACCUAUACAUCGGGGGCAUCUCCAAAGAGAUGUACCGGGACUUGCCUAAGCUGGUCCACUCCCGCGAGGGAUUCCAGGGUUGCCUAGCAACAGUUGAUCUAAAUGGCCGGCUCCCUGACCUUUUGGCGGAUGCCUUGGCAACCAUGGGACAAGUAGAGAGAGGCUGUGAAGGUCCCAGCACUACAUGUCAAGAAGACUCUUGCUCAAAUCAGGGAGUUUGUUUGCAGCAGUGGGAGGGCUUCACCUGUGACUGCAGCAUGACUUCGUAUGCUGGGCCAUUAUGUAAUGAUGCUGGGACCACUUAUAUCUUUGGCCGUGAUGGAGGUGUGGUGGUUUACACAUGGCCCCCUAAUGAACGUCCCAGCACCAGGGCAGACCGGCUUGCCCUUGGGUUCAGCACCCAACAGAAGCACGCCAUUCUGCUCCGGGUAGACAGCGCAUCUGGACUGGGAGACUACCUUCAGCUGCAGAUAGACAAAGGCAACAUUAGAGUAGUGUUUAAUGUUGGCACUGAUGACAUCAACAUCGAGGAGAGCUCCAAGUUUGUCAACGACGGGAAGUACCACAUAAUACGGUUCACCCGCAGCGGAGGCAAUGCAACCCUCCAACUGGAUGACCUGCCGGUCAUAGAACGUUAUCCCUCAGGCAACAUUGAUAACGAGCGCCUGGCCAUCGCCAGACAGCGAAUCCCCUAUCGGCUCGGUCGAGUAGUUGACGAUUGGCUACUCGACAAAGGUCGCCAGCUGACCAUCUUCAACAGCCAGACGACGGUGCGCGUAGGUGGAGGCGAGCGAGGUGCAGGUAUGUUCCAGGGUCAGCUGUCUGGCCUCUACUACAAUGGUCUUCGUAUCCUCAACAUGGCCGCUGAGGGGCACCCGCACAUCAGAGUGGAGGGAAGCGCACGUCUGGUCGGCGACAUGCCGUCCUCCUCCAUCACCCCGCAGUCCAGUGCUGCAGCUGGAGGGAACCGCUCUGACUCUGCGCCCUCCAUAAGUGACAUCACAACCACCACAGCCACCAACAGGAAACAGGGCGCCACACAACAGUCGGCAGACGACCUGCUGGUGGCGUCGGCCGAGUGUCCCAGCGAUGAUGAAGACAUUGACCCCUGUGACCCCAGUUCAGCCCGCCCUCCCCUGCCAGAGGUAAAGGUGUUCCCAGGUCCAUCUGAGGUGGUGCGGGAGAGCAGCAGCACCACGGGCAUGGUGGUAGGCAUCGUGGCGGCCGCAGCCCUCUGCAUUCUCAUCCUCCUUUACGCCAUGUACAAGUACCGCAACCGCGACGAGGGUUCCUACCACGUGGACGAGAGCCGCAACUACAUCAGCAACUCGGCCACGCAGCCCAACGGCAGCACCAAGGACAAGCCGCUGGGCAUCGCCAAGAUCUCCAAGAACAAGAAGAACAAAGACAAGGAGUACUACGUCUGAGGCGGAAGACACACAGACAUAUACGCAUACACCUUUAUAUAUAAUGGUAUAUGUACAUAAAUAGAUAUAUUCUAAAAAAAAAAUACACACAUACACACUGACAUAGACAUGCUGAUGUUAAUGUUUACUCUCCAAUAAUCACACCCGCACACAUGCUGGCGAGCACAAACAUACACACAUUAAAGCACACACACACAGACAUUUAAGCACAAACAUACACACACACGCACACAUACAGACUGGCCCAAGGGCAUGGACCCUGAUUGUACAGUAUUUACCAAUGAGCAGAGUCUCGUGAGAGGCUCGUUUUAUGAACAUAAACACCAUUCCAAAUGAUUUAAAGAAGCACCAGUUCAACUCCCAGUUAAGAACCAUUUUGGGGGUCAGCCAGAUAAAAAGACCAGUCACUCCCCUGCCACAGUAGGACCUCUCCAGUUGGACUCGAGAGAGGUCGAGGAAGACUUUAAGUGAAGCACAUGGCAGACUGAGUGUAUUGAGCGAGAGGGCAGAGCACCAGAACAAUGAUGAUUUUCAAGUACCAAGAAAAGCACUAAGUGUCUCUUCCAAGCUUCCUGGCCUUCCUCUCUGUUAACAGACGGGACUCAAUGAAGCACUGAGGACGCCGAAGAAACAAGCACACCAAUGGUCCAAGUCUAACCCCAAGCAACAGGACAGGAAAUCAGGGUGUAGCCAUAGAGACAGUGAAUAACGAGUGAAUAGGCAGAGGCAGGGCUGGUGCCGUUAAUGUUAUGGAUGGGCAGUGGUUGUUCCGCUGCAGAGCUGAUGUUUUACAGCACCCUGUAAAUCACAAAGGUGGAAUCAGCGGAAAACUGAGAGAUAUUUUCCUGGACAGGAUACUUGAGACUUCAGAUGCUACCUACAGACACCAGUCUUGCACGACUACGGUGUCACACACACACACACACAUGCACACACCCCAAAAUAUAAACAAUCUACACAUGCAGACAUACACAUACCUGCAAUGCUAAAGACCCACCAUAUCUUCAUAAGACUGAAGACUAUACAAGAAGACAAUGGUGAAAAUGGCAAAGACCAUUAUGAUAAUCGUUAUGGCAAUGAUGAAUAUGAAGAACAUUUGGGCAGUAUAGACUCUUUGGGGAAGGGAGGGGGGGUCUUAUUGCACGUGAAUUAUCUUACUCCGUGUGAUUUAUACCGCGUUGAAACUCCAGAGGUUACACCGUGACGCUCCACCAUCAUAAACUUACCACCUUGGCUUGAAGUAUUCCUAAUUACGCACUUCAAAUGGUUUUCAGUCUGUGGGAUUCGACAAUGAUUUAAUCUCUGAGUUCAAAUCCUCAUUGACAAAGUGUGACCAUCUCGAGUGUGAUGCAUGCCUGAGUCUGAGCUGUGCUGUGAAGUGGUGGCGUGUCCCACGAAGUCCAGAGGUGGUAGGUUUGCUUGUUUGUCGGGGGGAGGAGGAGAAGGAGGAGGAGGAAGAGCAAGGUGUUGCGGGUUGCAAUGUAACUCUGGUGCAACGCCUGGAUGUGUGCGCCCACCACAGGCCACGUCCUGUUUUCUAGCCUGAUGUCUUAUAGGCCACACCCACUAUACCUGCUCUAACCAACCACCUUUUAUAGACAAAAACCAGCCGAGGAAAAGAAUCAAAAACAGAACAAAGUAAAUGUUACCAUGUGUUGCUAAUAGAUAGAAAAGUCCAGUUCAUGAUGCCAUUGGCUGUAUGACAGCUUGAGUUGCUUUGAUUUCAUUGGCUCUCCCUUUUCUCUCUUUCUCUUUGCGUCCUUUUGUCUUCAUUGCAUUGGUUGACUGAUUCAUCAAUACUCAUGGCGUGACCGAUACAGGACAGGCAGACGGGUUUCCGAUGGGCUACAGUAUAAUUAUCUCAUUAUGGACUUCUGCAUUGUCUGAGCCCUCUACAGCUGAAGAACUGUAGCUCCGUGAUAUAUCAAUACAAACAGUGCCAUGACAUGAACAAGCCCCUCUAGUUCUUCCAAGCAACGUAACCAACCAGUCAGAUGCAUGCAAAAUGACCAGGGCAAGAAAGGACUUGAAAAAGGACUGUGUGAGAUUUCAAAGUAUAAUGUCAAAAUUAACUUAACAUAUUCCCUUAUUCUCUCCAUCCUUAACUGGCCUUUCUGACCUCCUUUCCCUCCCUUCUCUUGUUUUCCUCUUGUUUAAUAUGUUUCCCUAUCUGCCCUCCCGGGUUCCUCCGUGUCUAUCGCUUUCUUUUCCCUCUAUCUGUUGUGUUGCCAUCUGAAACAAAGGAGGUGUCUCAACCAAUGGGAUUCUACAUCUAGGUGUUCAUUAACCAUGUUUAUUUUCUAUAUGUACAAUUUUUCUACAGUAUUUACUUUUAUUUUUAUUGUUACGGUUCUUUGAUGAACAUAAAGUGGAAAUUUAUUAUGAAAAAUAGUUUUGAAGAUUAACGAGUAAAUAAAAUAUUACCCAAGUGAG